AUGCACGUGUGCGGACGCAGCGACGGCUGGGCGCUCACGCAAGGCUGCCGAGAAGGCCAACUACCCUACCCUGAAGCAGAGGCUCGAGUCCGCAAAUCGGCGGAGCAGGCCGCAGAGGAGGAGCGACAACUGUUGUUGGCGCGAGAGCGAGUCCUGCGCGCCGAUCUGAAGAAGGAGCUUGGGGAGGAGCAGCGACGUAGAAUCGAGGCGGAGCAACGGGCGCAAGCAGCGAUCGCACGCGAGCAGGCCUCGGAGCAUCAGAGGCAGCAGCAGAGGGCUGCUGAUGGAGAGGCGGUGGCGAACGUCCUGACCCAGCUGGGAAACUUGCGGUUGGAGAAAAAAAUGCUACAGNAGGAGCUUGGGGAGGAGCAGCGACGUAGAAUCGAGGCGGAGCAACGGGCGGAAGCAGCGAUCGCACGCGAGCAGGCCUCGGAGAAUCAGAGGCAGCAGCAGAGGGCUGCUGAUGGAGAGGCGGUGGCGAACGUCCUGACCCAGCUGGGAAACUUGCGGUUGGAGAAAAAAAUGCUACAGGAUCAACAGCGCGAGAUGGUUGAGAUUUUUUGUCCACAAGCGGCAAGCGUGAUGGCGGUGCAGCAACAGCAGUACAACGGGAAUCCGCUGCUUUCCGCGAAAGACCAGCUCAUCCGCACCCGGAUGGAGGUAGAGCACGCGAGGAGGGAGCUGAAGGCGGCGUCGGCGUGGGGAAGGGUUGCCGAGACGAGAAAUGCUAAUUUGAGGAAAAAGGUGCGUGCGUAUGUGAUACGCACGUGUGUCUUUGCCCUCGUGUGUUGGCUUUGCUGUUGUUCCCUUCUAGUGCGACUACUUCGUAUGCCUCCGAGUCCUACAGGUUGAUAGAACCAACAUAAGCAGGACGAUACCAAGAGAGGCAGGCGAAGCUGCAUGCAGCUGCUAUCAUCGACAGACUUGGUGUUGAGAGCGAGAAAAUACAGCAGGAGCAGCAGCAGCGCGCAUUUUUUUUGUUUUCCCGCUCUUACAACCCUCCUGCUGUUUGCCCGUUGCCCUUUUUCUUU